CCCCCCCCGGAAGUGACGUUGCCAGAGCAGUAAUGGCGGCUCACAGUUCGCUCCUGGAUGUUUCUCUCGGAAGCACUGUUUGACGCUGUGUGUCCGCACUCUCUCCUCACUGCGCUUUUAUACACACGGUUUGGAAUAAAGUUGUAUGUUUUCGUACCAGUUUAAAAUUUCCGUAGAUUCGUGGAGUUAUUUAUCCGCUUCUCCGGGAGAAUUGUCCAAAGGCUUGCUAGCUUAGCUUUGCUAGGUGGCAGUUAGAAAACAAGUCAAAUUAGCCUAGCAUGCUAAGCCAACUCAGUAGAGCCAGGUUUCCUCAGUUUGCCCUGUGGUAGCGUGUUAGCCACCGAGCUACAGCAGUGUGUGCGCGCGCGGGGUGCAGUGCUUCAGGAAACACACACACACACACAGACACAUCGGUGUGAAGAGUUCAGAUUAACUCAGUUCUUUAGGAAGCUAAUCUCCGCGCUGAAGAAGGGGCGCUGUGGCACUGUGUGAGCGGAUAAUAAACCCAGGAGCAGUGCUAAUUACAGCGCUAGCGGUUAGUCCUAUGGUCCAGCAUGCUGAAGACCCGACAGUGUUUACUCGGACUCCGCACUUUCCUCGGAGUGGCGUCCAGGAUCUGGGGCUUCAUCCUAUACAUCCUCAGGAAACACCUCCGCACGAUAAUUCAGUACCAGACGGUUCGUUAUGACACGUUACCCCUCUCUCCUGCAUCCAGAAACAGACUCAAUGCAGUAAAGAGGAAGAUCUUGGUUCUGGAUCUGGAUGAGACGCUGAUUCACUCUCACCAUGACGGGGUGCUGAGGCCUACAGUCCGACCCGGAACUCCACCGGACUUCAUUCUCAAGGUGGUCAUAGAUAAACACCCGGUGAGGUUUUUUGUCCAUAAAAGGCCACACGUCGACUUUUUCUUAGAAGUGGUGAGUCAGUGGUACGAGUUGGUGGUGUUCACAGCCAGUAUGGAGAUUUACGGCUCUGCUGUAGCAGACAAACUCGACAACAACAGAGGAAUCCUCAAGCGCAGAUACUACAGACAGCACUGUACGCUGGAUCUGGGCAGUUAUAUAAAGGAUCUGUCAGUAGUGCACAAUGAUCUGUCCAGUAUAGUGAUCCUGGAUAACUCACCUGGAGCAUAUCGCAGUCAUCCAGAUAAUGCAAUACCUAUAAAGUCGUGGUUUAGUGACCCGAGUGACACGGCGCUGCUGAACUUGCUGCCCAUGCUGGAUGCACUGAGGUUUACCUCUGAUGUUCGCUCGGUUCUCAGCCGUAAUCUUCAUCAGCAUCGUCUCUGGUGAUGUUUUAACCUCCUCUGUGAAACUCUCCACUGCUGGAACUGUCCGUCUCUGUCAGGUGACCUGUGAUGUCAUCGAACUCCAACAUUCAGAGUGGAGAGAGAGACAGAAGAAAGAGACACACACAUACACACACACAGUCUGAACUGGAGCAGAGAGACAGCCGUCUCACUCUCUCCUCAUUAUCUUUUCUCGUAUGGAUCCUGCCUACAGCUGAGUGGGUCUGUGACGGAUGGAGGGAUUUUUACACUUCUCCUUUAGUUUCCUGACAUUGUUCUCCUUUAUGAAGAGUAAAUUAUUGGAUAAAUUGGACACAGCCAGUCAGUUAUUCCUCCUCCCCUCUUCUUUUUCUCCCCUUUCUCACUAUUUGCCCUUUUCUUCUUCUUUCUCUUUCGCUUUCCCCUCUCCUGAAGCUUGAGCACUUAUCCCUCUUUUCCCAUUCUCUCUCUCUUCCUCUCCUAUUAGUAGGUUGUUUGUUUUUCUUUUUAUAAAGUAUCUGAAACAUUGCGCUACGUCCUGUUCCCAACAGAUGCAGCAGUGCAUUAUGGGUAUUCUGUACCAGCUGAUGUUUGGACACUACAGUGGUGCAUUGUGGGAUAUACUCAGUGCAUGACAGAGCACUAAACCCCCUGUACUCGGUGUGCACUCUGUAGUGAGCAGGGUUGGGAUUAUAGGAGUUUAGUUCUGUAGCAGGAAGUACAGGGACUCAGUAUUCAGGAAGCUGGGUGCAUCUUUAAAGGAAGGCCAAUCUCACAAUCUGUGUUUUUCCCUUCUUCCCCCCGUUUCUCCUCGUCUGGGUGUCAGUAUGGAGUGAUGAGUAUUAAGCUGUGAUGAGACUCUGAGAUGCUCUCACGCAGCAGCAGCAGUGUAUUCACUUCUUAUACACAACUUCUCUUGGCCUGUGUGCGGAACCGGAAUUGGAUCCGGUCCCAGACAUUACACUGAAGAUGUUUAUUUCUUAUUUUAUUUUCACUUCCUCCUCUAAGACACGCAGGCGCAUCACGGAGACGGAGCAGCAGGGACACGGGACACGUUUAUAACUGGAAGUAUUGGGAUUUCGUGUGGAGUCUAAAACACACAACCUGCACUUAUCUUCUGUUUUGUUUUGUUUUUUGUACCAUGGACUGAUAUGAUCGACUUGGUGAGGAAAGUAAACUCCCUGUCAUCCUGCGUAUUGUUUUCUUUCCUCAUGCAUCACCCCCCCCCUCCCCCCCUCCCCCCCUCCCCUCCUCCCCUCUCCUCUCCCCCCUCUCUCUCUCUCUCUCUCUCUCUCUCUCUCUCUCUCUCUCUCUCUCUCGUUCAUGUAUACCAUACUUGACCUGCUCUCUGCCUGUUUGAACAAUAGAAAAGCAUAAGGGGUGUGUGUGUGUGUGAGAGAGAGCGCACACGUCCUCAGGUCUGUGCGUUAUUUCCAAUAAAACUCUUGUCAGCGUG